AUGACUUUUCACAACACCACCCAAUUCCAUCCUUAUUCCUUUGUCCUUUUGGGGAUCCCAGGCCUGGAAACUUUUCAUAUAUGGAUAGGUUUCCCCUUCUGUGCAGUAUAUCUGAUUGCCCUUCUGGGGAACAUCGUAAUUCUCUUUCUAAUUCAGACUGAGCCUAGUCUCCAUCAGCCCAUGUUUUACUUCUUAGCAAUGUUGGCCUCCACUGAUCUAAGCCUGUCCACUGCUACUAUCCCCAAGAUGCUGGGCAUCUUUUGGUUCAAUUUUAGAGAAAUAGUUUUUGGUGCUUGCCUCACACAGAUGUUCAUGAUACAUCUGUGCACUGGUCUGGAGUCUGGGGUACUGACAAUCAUGGCCAUAGACCGCUAUGUUGCCAUUUGCAAUCCCCUGAGAUAUACCAUGAUUCUCACCAACAAAGUGGUGAGCAUAUUAGGUAUAAUCAUGAUGGUGAGAUCUUUAAUUUUUGUCAUUCCUUUUGUGUUUCUCAUCUUACUGCUGUCAUUCUGUGGUGCUCAUAUUAUUCCUCAUACCUACUGUGAGCACAUGGGCAUUGCUCGACUUUCCUGUACCAGCACCAGAGCCAAUAAUUUGUUUGGUAUGGUUGCCUUGUCUAUGGGAUUCAUUGAUCUUAUUGUAAUUGGUUUUUCCUAUAUAAGGAUACUCUGCACAGUAUUCCAUUUACCAUCAUGGAAUGCCCAAUUCAAGGCUCUCAAUACCUGUGGCUCUCAUGUAUGUGUCAUGCUCAUCUUUUAUAUUCCUGCAUUUUUCUCCUUUCUGACACAUCGCUUUGGUCAUAACAUCCCUGGGUAUAUUCAUAUAUUUCUUGCCAACCUUUAUAUGGUUGUCCCACCUGCACUUAACCCUGUUAUCUAUGGAGUCAGAACAAAGCAGAUCCGGGAGCAGGUCCUAAGAAUCCUGAACCCUAAAGAUGUUUGA